GAACGCUCAACAGGCUAAAGGGACACAUCCGGUUGCUAGCUGAGCUAGCUUGGUGCUAACAGCGAGAAGGGACAGUUAUACUUCAUGAAACUGUCCACGAUGUCUGGUCUAUAGUGACUCAUCUCCACUGUGGAUGUUUGUAUUUUUUCAGCCAGUGUGUCAGUCCUCUAAACUUCAACGCUGCCUGUAAUUUUCAACAACACUAAAGCGUAUGUAAUGAGCCAGAAAGGUCUGCCGUGGUUGUCUUAUAAAGUGGGAUAAGUUGGGUAGUUGAGGAAGGCUGGAAGAGCAGACGUAGUGUGGUGGGAACAACUCGUCGCGGCCAUCCUAGCUGUAGGUUGGCCAGAACUUGAAGAUGACCAGCCUGUUCAAGCGCAGCAGUAGUAAUGGAGGGUCCAGAAGUAGCGGUGGCAGUGAUGGACAGGGUGAGCUCAACAACAGCAGGCCCAACCGGCAGGUCCGCCGCCUGGAGUUCAACCAGGCAAUGGAGGACUUUAAGACCAUGUUUCCAUCAAUGGACUAUGAAGUCAUUGAGUGUGUGCUGCGUUCCAACAACGGAGCUGUGGAUGCCACUAUUGAUCAGCUUCUGCAGAUGAACAUUGAUGGACAACUUUCAAACGACAGCUCAGACUCUGAUGACAGCAUCCCGCCAGAGAUUCUGGAGAGGACUCUUGAACCUGACAGUUCAGAUGAGGAACCGCCUCCUAUCUACUCCCCACCCACAUAUGAUAUGCACAUUUAUGACAGAAAAUAUCCAGAACCCACACCAACGCCCCCACCAAGAUUUGAAGACCAGCCACAUUCAGGUCACAAGGAGGUCAGAAGUUUCCGAAACUGGAACCCUCCUUUGCUUGGGAAUCUCCCAGAUGACUUCCUGAGGAUCCUGCCACAGCAAUUGGAAAGUAUAAAGCAGAGUACUCAAGGCCAUCUGUCUCAACCUGGUUCGUCAUCUUCAGUCUCUUCAAUGAACCACUGGACAGCCCGGUCAACUUUUCAGUCCGGAGCUGCUAGUACCACUGGUGGUCCAGGUGCUACAGAGCAAGACAAGAAAUUAAAGCAGUAUCUGGAAGACGAGCGCAUUGCCCUUUUCCUACAGAACGAGGAGUUCAUGAGAGAGUUGCAGCGAAAUAGGGACUUCCUUGUUGCCUUAGAGAGAGAUCGCUUGAAGUAUGAAUCAAAAAAGACUAAGCUCGGAUCAUCGAGCUUGGAAAAUUGCACAGGAGAAGUUUUAUCUGCAUCUUCAUGGGAGGCUGUGUCAGAUGAUGCACUCUUCAGAGACAAACUCAAACAUAUGGGCAAAUCCACAAGAAAGAAGCUGUUUGAAAUUGCCAAAACCUUCUCAGAAAAGACAAAAAGAAGAAAGUCGAAAAGGAGAGCACUUCUGAAGCACCAUUCAUUGGGGACUGCUAAUUCCACAGCCAAUCUCCUUGACAAUGUUGAAGGAAACUCCUGUGAAACCUGGCUGACGGAGGAUAUACCGGACUCGGCGAUCCAGUUGGAAUCAUUUGCUGCUUACCGGGGAGAUCGGACUUUAGCGUCUGGUAAACACAGAGGUGGCGGCGUCUGUGUUUACGUAAACAAACGGUGGUGCACAGACGUACAGACGAUGGAAAAGCACUGCUCGCAGGACAUUGAGCUGCUGAUGGUGAAAUGCAGACCUUUUUAUUUACCUCAGGAAGAAUGUCAAUCUAGAAGAGCAGUCACUCAGGGAGAGAAUGAGCAACGCAGCGAGCCAGACUCAUGAUUCUCCCAAGCACCAUGAUAUCAUGGUUACCUCUGUGACAGCGGAAUGAGCAUCGGUGAUGGCCUUGAAGUCUUCACCCAUAAACCAGCCAAUAGAAAGCUCUGCUUCCCUCCUUUCCAUCCCAAGGAGAGAAAAACUGACUCUUUGGGUGGACUUUCAAUACAUAUGUUAUUCAAUACACUAUUUCUGUAUUAUAAUUGUUGAUAUACCAUUUUAAGUGUAAAGGAACAAGUAUUAGUCCCUAAUUAUUUCUUCUUCUUUUUUUUUUUUAUAAACCGCUUCCUCAAAAUCUUUUUCAGGAGUGCACUAGCUAUAGCGAUGUACUUUUUUGUUACUUGUUCAGUCAUAAACGGUAGCAUUUUUGUGUGUUUGAGACUCUGCAUCCUCAGGUUGGGCAUUAGAAAUCCAAAACAUGGAAAGUGCCCAUUUCUGUACACUAUCAACUAGGGGUUUUCAAAGUGAAAGGUUAUCCUCCCUUUAGGUUUGCAGCUUUAGAAAAAUCAAGACAUAUAUUUUUAAACCUGCUAAGCUAAUGGAUAGCGUUUUGUUUUUUGUUCUUACUGUGAGAAGAUCAAGCAAAUGAUCAAAUGUUUUUUUUUUUUCAGGAUUGCCUUUAAUUGUUAAAAGUACCACAUUGUGUUGAAAAUUCCUGUAGUAAGCCAUGUGAGGAUUUUGGCUUUGUUUUUGUCCCCAUAUUGUGUUUCCUGUUUCAAGAUCUGUGGAUGCAGAACUUUAUUUUUCAUGUAUCAGAAUAUUGUGGCCAUCGAAGCUGAAGCCAACCAGAAGUAAACGCUAAACCUUGCCAACAA